AUGUCGCAUUCCUCUGAAGCCGUUGACUCGCAAUCCGCGUCGCCCGGCAUGCAGCCAUCAUGGACGCGAGAGGAGGACGCGGUGCUGCUGCGCCACGCGCUGCAGUGCGGCACGAAGCAGUGGGGCGAGCUGGAGAGGAGCGGUCAGCUCAAGAGGAGCAACAAGUCGUGCUGUAACCGUUACAUCUUCCUCCGAAGGAAGUUCACAGACCGCUUUCACCAGAACUUCCUGCGAAAGCACCUGGGAGCUGCUGCAUUUUCCCGGCCCCUUAUUCCAUUGGACGGCCACAGUCAGCCACUGCUCUGCCAGGAUUUCAAGCAGCAGCAGCAGCAGCGCUCGGAUGGCGUGGGAGCAGUGGCACUGACAUUCGGGGGGCUGUCGUACAAGGAGUGCGUGAUGGCGUUCCUCGCCCCCAAUGCUCGCUGCUGCCUCCCAGCAACCCCGCCCAACCUCUCAUCCCUCGCCACCCCUCCUCCCGCUUCCCAGACUCCUUUUCCUGCUUCCAAAACCGCCUUCCUCUCUGCUGCUGCUGCUUCUACCACCGAGUUUCCAUUCUCCCGUGAUGCCGUCCCCGUUGCUGCUGCCUCCAGUGCCGCUGCUCUGCGCCGUGCAGUGAAGCGGCCAAGGGACGACUGCGUUGGGAGGGGGGACGACUGCGUUGGGAGGGGGGACGACUACGUUGGGAGGGGGGCCGACUGCGUUGGGAGGGGGGCCGACCAACGUCUGCCGGGUGGUUGUGACAGCCGGUUGGUGCGAAGCGGGUUGGUGCGAGACGGAUUGGUGCAAGGUGGGAUGGUGAGUAGCACGGAGCGCCGGCAUCAGUCAGCAGUGGCGGAGCAGUUUGAGCAGCAGGGGGCGAGCAGCAGCGUGCAGCAGGCAGCGGACGAAGCCCUUCUGGAGGCUCUGCUGCAGGAGGAGCGUCGCCAGCUGCAGCAGGGAGGAGCGGGUAGCAGGGCGCAGCGGGUGCUGUGGCCGCGCGUUGGGUCAGAGAGUGCCCUUCCAGUCGACGUGCUGCUGGGAUUCAGCUGUGAGGACCCUGCCUUCACGCAACGCGCCGCUCUCUCUGUUCCUCCGCCUACCCAGCCGCCCAAACCUCUGCCAUCGCCAUUGCCUCCCCAACUCGCUGCUCCGCCUGGCUCUGCUUUCUGCAUUGGUAAUUCCACCCCUUGUGCUGAUUUCGCGGUGCAGCGGGUGGACUGGCCGCAUGUUGCGUCGGAGAGUGCCCGUGACCUUCCACACGACGUGCUGCUGGGAGACCGUACCUCCGCGCAACGUGCUGCUCUCUCUGCUCCUCCGCCCACCCAGCCACUUGCACCGCUGCCAGCAGCAAUGGCCUCCCCACUCGCUGCUCUGCCCGGCUCUGCUCCCGGCAGCACAAGCAGCUGCAUUGCAGAGGUACUUGCUGGGAGUACGUGUGGGUGUGGCACAGAGGAGCAGGAAUACGUGGAUGCAUGCAUUAUCGUGCUCGACAACGGAAGCUCCACCGACAACAACAGCAACGGCACCGACAACAACGACAACAGCAACAGUGGCAACGACAACCAGAGUGACAGGGACAAGGAUGCUCUCUUUCUCGACACGCCCAUGGCCCACCUGCUGCUGGCUGGGAGUGCCCUCGCUGUGCCCUUGGCCAGUGGGCCUCAGGCUCAGGGGCCUGCACCCCCCGGUGCUGCUGGGCCACCCCCCGGUGCUGCUGGGCCACCCAGUCGGGCUGCUGGGUCAGCCGUGGCAGAAUGGGCGGCAGAGCAAGGAGGGGCCGGGGAGGCAGGUGCUGACUGGCACAGGCAGCAGCAAGGGCUCACCCAGGAGGCGACGCUUGCACAGUGGAAGGCGUGUGGGUGUGUAGAGCUGGACCGUGCUGCAGCAGCCCUUCCCAUCCGGUGCUCUACCGGCUCUCUGUUUGACACGCCCUGCCAUGCUGCCUCCGUGGCCUGA